AUGGCUAAGACUAAAAAUAAGAAGAAAAAUAUGGCCGAGUUGGCGUCAAAGAAAAAAAUGAUGGACCUUCAAAAUAAGAAAAAAAUUAAUCCAUUUGAAGUUCACAUCAACAGAGAUAAGCACAAGGUUUUGGGAAAAAAAUUAAAAUCCGAUCGAGGAUUACCUGGUGUAGCAAGAUCAAAAGCCAUAAAUAAACGUAAACAUACUUUACUUGUGGAAUUUCAACAAAAAGAUAAGAAUAAUUUAACUAUUGAUAGUCGUAUCGGAGAACGUGAUCGUGGAAUGAGUCAAGAAGACAAAGCGAUGGCAAGAUUCACUGCUGAAAAACUAAAAUUACAGAAGAAGAAUAUUUUUAAUCUCAAUGAUGAUGAGGUGUUGACUCAUAGAGGUCAGACUUUGGAAGAAAUUGAAAAGUUUGAAGACCCAAGGAGUGAUGACGAUGACGAUGAUGAUGACGGUCGUAAUUCAAAGGGAUAUUUAGACAAAAAAUUUGUCAAUGAAGCUCAUUUUGGUGGUGGAAUGCUGUCAAGAUCUGGGGAGUCAAUCUCACGGUCAGAUUUAAUCUCCCAAUUGGUUAAUGAGUCGAAAAAACGUAAAGCUGAGAAACAAAGAUUAAGUGAACAGAAUCGUUCACAGACUGAACAAUUGGAUUCACAGUGGAAAGAUCUUUUACCUCUUUUAGCUGCUUCUAAAAAGACUGAUGAAGAGCGAGUGAAUAAGCCCAGACCAGAUGAUUUUGAUAGGACUGUCCAGGAAUUGAGAUUUGAGAGCCGAGGAAAUCCUUCUGAUCGCUUAAAGAAUCAAGAUGAAAUUGUUAGACAAGAGAGAGAAAAAUUGGAAGCUUUGGAACGAGAUCGGCUGGAGCGUAUGCAAGGAUUCGCUGAUUAUGAAUCUGAGGGUAAUAAUCAUAGGUCUGUUGAUGACGACGAUGAUGGUUUUGAAAUAGAAGAUAUUACUUCUGACAUGUUGGCUUAUGAUAAAGAUGGUCAAAUCGUUGAUAGUUUUUUUAAAUCAAUGCCUGAAGAUGAUAAAAAAAAUAAAGUUAAUGGAACUGUUGACGAUGAUGACGAUGACGACGACGACGAUGAUGGUGAUGAUGAUGAUGAUGAUGAUGAUAAUGAUGAUAAUGAGGACGAAGAAGAUGAUUUGUCUGACUUGAAAGCAUCUGAUUCUUCUAGUGAAGAUGAAGAAGAAGAAGAAGAAGAGGAGGAGGAAGAAAAGGAAAAUGGAAAAAUACCACCUAAAUUGAACAAAUCAUUAGAUAAAUCUAAUGGCAAAGUAGAAAAAAUCACGAAUGGAGAAACUAAAGAACUACCAGCGAACAAAUUAAAUAGUAGUACAAAUGAAGUAAAAAAAGACGCCACACGAGAAAAAUUGAUGGAAAAGGUUCGUCAAGAAUUACCUCAUACUUAUCCAGCACCUGAAAGCUACGAAGAACUAAAUGAGUUAUUACGAGCUCAAAGUCCUGAUCAUCAGUCAGUUAUUCUAGAGCGAAUCAUCAAGUGUAAUCACAUCUCUUUGGGUGAAAAUAAUCGUGAAAAAUUGACAAAUGUUUUCGAGUUUUUGCUACAAUAUUUGAUGGACAUUGCGCGAGUUAAGGAUGUAGUACGGUGUUUCCAGAUUUGCGAUAGAUUGGUUCCGUAUCUUUAUGAUUUAGCUCAAUUUAAUUCAAAACAUGCUGGCUCAUGCGUCAAAGUUGUUUUAAAAGAAAAAUUCCAAGAAUUUAAAGAAAAGGAAAAAAUAUAUCCAAAGUUGGAUACAUUAAUUUUGUUUAAAGUGAUAUCAUUGCUGUUUACAACCUCAGAUUUUCAUCAUGCUAUUGUCACACCUUGUUUUCUUUUCAUGUCGGAAAUAUUAACAAGGUGUAAAGUUAAAACUGCCAUGGAUAUUUCAAUGGGUCUUUUUAUCGUAACUCUUAUAUUAGAGUUUACAUUGCUUAGCAAAAGGUUCCUACCUGCUGCGAUUAAUUUUUUGAGAGGAGUUGUAUUUUUGGCGACAAUCAAGCCUUUAAGUAUACCCAAAAUAUUUUCGCCAUUCAAGCAAACUGGUGAAUUAUCGAAUUUAUUAAUACUUGAAAAGAGCCAAAAAGAUUUAGAAUUAGAUGUCAAUGGUGCACAUAUGAAGGUAAAUGAUUUGGCGACUAGAGAAUUCGAUGAUGACUACAGAGUACGUAUUUUUAUAACGACAAUAAAUUUAAUAAGUCAAUUCAAGAGCCAGUUGGAAGAAAUAGACAUUGCUUACAUUAUUUUUAAACCUAUUAUUGAAUUAUUGGAUAUUGGAACUAAUCCAUGGAACAAUUAUCCAAAGUCUGUUAAAAAACAUGUUCAGAAAGUUUCUGAUGAUUUGAAGUCACUGGCGAAUAAUAAACUGAAUUACUUAGUCUUCGAAAAAAAGAGACCCAAGCCGUUUAAAUUUUUGAAACCACUUGUUACAGUAGUAUCCGAUGUAAAGAGAUUCAAAGCCAAAUCUUCGAGAGAAGACAAAGCAGAACAGGAGAAAUUGUCUCUAAAAUUAAAGAAAGAAACAAAGGGUGCUAUAAGAGAACUCAAGAGGGAUGCUGCGUUCUUAGCUAAGGUUCAAAUAAAGGACCAGAUUAAGAGUGAUCAAGAGCGUAAACGUAAAGUUAGAGAAAUUUUCGGUGAGGCUGCUACACAACAGGGUGAACUUAACAAAAUGCAACGAAAAAAAUAA